UGUUGUUGGUGGUGUAGUAGUGGUGGUGUAGUAGUGUUGUUGGUGGUGGUGGUUAUAUACACGAGCAAGUGUGGGGUGGGGGGGGUGUUGGUGGCCAAGUUAUCGGUGCAGACACAGACAGACAUAUUGGAUUGUCAGUGGGAAGAGCGAGGCGAGUGGAGCGGCCACGGGGUGUAGUUGUGUCUUGCUGCUGCUGCUACUACUGCUGCUACUGCUGCUAGUGGUGGUGGGUUAAACUAGCGAUCGGUGACACUAGCGGUGGUGGCCACCGUAAGACGUCGGACUCAAGUAACAGGACACACAGCACACACAACAGCACAACAAACAAGGCAGAGCAAGAGAGAUGUCGUACGGUGGUGGAGCCUACAGGAAGAGCCCAGGCAUGGAGGAGACCGAGAUAUGGGAACAGUACACCGUGAACCUGAACAGGGCUCCAGGAAUGGGCUUUGGGAUUGCCGUGUCAGGUGGGAAAGACAACCCUCAUUUCCAGAGUGGGGAGACAUCCAUCGUCAUCUCGGAUGUUCUGCAAGGAAGCCCUGCAGAUGGCCUGCUCGAUGAGAAUGACAGAGUGGUCAUGGUGAACGGAGUGUCAAUGGACAAUGUAGAUCAUGCAUUUGCUGUCCAGCAGUUGAGGAAAAGUGGAAAGACUGCACAGAUUACGGUGCGUCGCAAGAAGUUGGUCCAGAUCCCCAUUUCGCGACGGAUGGACCCGCAGCUGCAGCCACGGCGCGACCUCGACCGCUUGGACCACCAGCGCCACCACGACGACGACGACGACGAGGACGACGACAUGGACGUGGGCUUCCAUCCUGACGACGACGACGACCGCCGCAACCACAGGAGCGGCCGUAGCCCCGUCCGCUCGGGCCGCCGCAGCAGGGAGUACGGCCUCGACCAGGUCGGGAGACGCAGCAGGGAUCCCAGCGUUGACCGCGACAAUCGGCGCAGUUGGGAGCGCAGCCUCGACAGGGGGGGGGGCGGCGGUGGCGGCGGCGGUGGCCGGCAGCGCAGCGUGGAUCGGAGCAGGGAGCGCAGCCUGGAUCGCGAUCGCGCGGCGCCACGUGGACGCAUCUGGAACCAGGGCCGCAGUCAGUCGAUGGGGACCCUGGACUCGACUUCGCCCGUCCGCCCGCAACGCCCCAUCAAGGUCACGCUGGUCAAGAGCAAGCCCUCUGAGGGUUAUGGAUUGAGACUGGGCAGCCACAUAUAUGUGAAGGACAUUGGCAACGAUGGACUGGCAGCCCGGGAUGGCAACAUUCAAGAGGGUGACAUUGUACUGAAGAUAAACGGCACUGUGACUGAGAACAUGUCGUUGGCGGAUGCUCGGAAGCUGAUUGAAAAGUCCAAGGGGAAGCUGAAACUGGUGGUACAGCGCGAUGAGAGGAAGACGCUCACCAACAUGCCGGAAUUGGAUGACAGCCCGCCUUCAUCAGACGGCUCUGACCACAGUGACAUCUCGGACAUCCGCUCCCUCAAGUCAGAUCGCUCGGACCGUUCGGACCGCUCCAAUGGUGACAAUGCUCGCUCCGGCCCACGGCCGCGCUCCCCACGCGACGACCGGGGCUCCGGGCAGUCGGACCGUGGCUCCGCCAGCCAGCCCACCAGCUCCGUCGGCUCGAGGGGUGCGGAUGUGGGGAGCAAGCUGUCGAAGAUGGGCGGCGUUCCCACCCCCUUCAAGAUGGACGAUGGUGUCGUGCCAGCCCUCAAGCCGGUGGAUGAAGCCAGGGCGACGCGUUCGGAGGAGAGCACAGAGAAGGCAGCGCCAUCGUCUGAUGUCAAGCCUGUUUAUUCCCAAGGAGGGCAGCCUGAUGUGGAUCUUCCACCUGGACUUACUGAAGUGCCCAAUGACGAUGAUCAGUUGUUCAGCCCGGAGGUGAAGCUGGUGCAGUUUAAGAAGGGGGACAGCGUGGGCCUGCGUCUCGCUGGUGGCAACGACGUCGGGAUAUUUGUGGCGGGCGUGCAGGAUGGCAGCCCCGCUGCCCAGCAGGGGCUCGACGAGGGAGACCAGAUCCUCAGCGUGAAUAAUGUGGACUUCAGAAACAUUGUGCGAGAGGAGGCAGUACUUUACCUCCUGGAGCUGCCCAAGGGGGAGGAGGUGCUGGUGCAUGCCCAGAGGAAGAGAGAUGUCUACCGCCGGGUCGUGGAAUCGGACGUGGGCGACUCGUUCUACAUCCGCACGCACUUUGACUACGAGAAGGAGAAUCCCUAUGGCCUGAGCUUCCUGCGCGGCGAGGUUUUCCGCGUUGUCGACACGCUCUACAACGGCAAGCUGGGCUCGUGGCUCGCCAUCCGCAUCGGCCGCAACAACCAGGAGGUGGAGCGCGGCAUCAUUCCCAACAAGAACAGGGCGGAACAGUUAGCGACUGUCCAGAACUUCGCCAAAGUUGGGACCAACGACAGAGCUGAUUUCUGGCGAUUCCGCGGCCUCCGCUCAGCCAAAAAGAACCUGCGCAAGAGCCGCGAGGAUUUGUCUGCGCAGCCUGUGCCCACGAAGUUCCCUGCCUACGAGCGGGUUGUGCUCCGCGAGGCUGGCUUUCUGAGACCUGUGGUGAUUUUUGGACCCAUUGCCGACGUUGCAAGAGACAAGUUGGCCAGGGAGCAACCCAACAGCUUUGAAAUUGCACGAAAUGAACCAAGGGAUGCAGGAACUGAUACAAAGAACUCCGGAGUGAUCCGACUGCACACCAUCAAAGAGAUCAUUGAUAAAGAUAAGCACGCGCUGCUGGACAUCACACCGGGUGCGGUGGACCGCCUCAACUACGCGCAGUGGUAUCCCAUCGUGCUGUUCCUCAACCCGGACAGCAAGAGCGGCGUGAAGACCAUGCGCACGCGCCUGUGCCCCGAGUCGCGCAAGAGUGCUCGCAAGCUCCACGAGCGCGCCGCCAAGCUGCGCAAGAGCAACUGGCACCUCUUCACAUCUGUGAUCAACUUAAACUCCAUGAAUGAGGGAUGGUAUGGGGCUCUGAAGGACUCUGUUGCAGAACAGCAAAACCAGCUGGUGUGGGUCUCUGAGGGCAGGGCGGACGGCGACACGGACGACCUGGACAUGCAGGACGACCGCAUCUCGCACCUGUCGGCGCCGCUCAGCGAGCUGUCGCUCUACAGCGACAGCCGCGUCACCAGCGACUGCGAGGACACCGACACGGAGGGUGGCAUCUACACCGACCAGGAACUCGACGAGACCAUGAACGAGACGGACACAGAGCCGGUGUUGGGCAUGCCUGUCGCGGGCAUGCCGUCCGCCGUGAGCCGCUCGUCUGAGCCCGUCCGGGACGAGGCCCCGUUUGGGUUCCACCACGAGCAGCCGGCACCGGUUGUCCAGGGGUACCACUCGCAGCAGCUUCAGCCUGUGCAGUCUGACCGGGAGCAUGCAGCAACCAAAAGAGCCUCUCCCCAGGAGCUGGAUCCCCGACAGCCGCUGAGCGCCGCCACCUUCCUGAGCAGGGCGUCGCAGGGACAGCGUCCGGCAGCCCGGCAGCCUGAGGAGCCGGUGCCGCUCCCUCGUGCCCAGCCCGAGCCCCAGGCCGUGCACAGAAACAGCCCCGAGCCCGUUAGGAGACCAAGCCCGGAGCCCGGGGCUCCUAAACCACGCCUUCCCCGCACCACGAGCAGAGAAAUGCUCGCCGAGCCGUCACCGGAGCGAAGACCAGUGAAUUACAGCACCGAGCCUGCUCGUCAGAGCCAGGAAGUUAGAGGCUAUGACGAACAUGCAUACCAGCAGCAGCAACAACAACAACAACAGAGGACCAGUUAUGAUGCACCGCCCGAAAACUACGCCCACAGCUCCCAAUCCAGCCACGAGUACUCGUACCAGUCCCAACAGGCUGUGCAUGUUCACCACCAAACAGAGAGGCAGGCAGAUGACCACGACUACAGGAUCUCCUCCCCCUACCAAGACCACCGAGGACAGGAGUUUGACCCGAGGCAGCAGCAGCAGCCGCAGCAGUACGAAGAAAGACAGCCACAGCAAUAUGAAGCCAGACCACCUCAAUCGUACGAGACGAGGAAGCCCCAGUUCCAGGAGCACAGACCGGCACAGCAAUAUGAGGCUAGACCUCCACAGGUUCAAGAGCAGAGACCACCACCGCAGCAAUAUGAGGCUAGACCUCCACAGCUUCAAGAGCAGAGACCACCACCGCAGCAAUACGAGGCCAGACCUCCGCAGGUUCAGGAGCAGAGACCGCCACCGCAGCAAUACGAGGCUAGACCUUCGCAGGUCCAGGAGCAGAGACCGCCACCGCAGCAAUACGAGGCUAGACCUUCGCAGGUGCAGGAUCACAGGCAACCACCUCCGCCGCAGCAGUACGAAGUCCGCCAGCCGCAGCAGUAUGAGGCUAGACCACCUCAGCAAUACGAAACCAGACAAGCGCAGAUUCCAGAGCCUCGGUCACCGCUGCAGUACGACAGCAGGCAGCCUCACAGUUAUGACAGCCGCCAACCACCAAGUGCUUAUGAGCAGCACCCACAUUCCCGAAGCUUUGACGAGGGAUCGCUGAGAGCCUAUGAUGAGCAGCCAAGGUCAUAUGAUAGUAUCCCACGGUCUAAUAAUGCGCCGCAGCGGCCAUAUGAUGCUCAGCCGAGUUCGUACAACAGCGCAAGUCAAAGAGCCAAUGACAAUGCUCAACGCCAGUAUGGCAGCCUGCAAAGAAACUACCAGCAGCCCCACAGCUUCGACGAUGGUGAUGUCCGAAGCCACGAAGCUCAGCCCAGCCGUUCACAGUUUUCUGCCGCACCGGCGCCACCCAGUGCCACGGAACCCCCACGCCAGGCCACCAUCAAGGUCCCACCACCAGCCCCAGCUACAAACCCUCCUCGGGAGGACAGCGACUCGGAGCCCGUCAUCCCCAAGUCUGUCCUUGGCAGAGUGAAGAUGUUUGAGAAACAGCAGCCCAAGGUGGACAUUCACGUGGCUCAGCCUGUCCCACCGCUGACGCAUGCCGCUCAACAGUCGACGCAGACCUACAGAGCGGGCGAAGCGCCAAGGUUGCAGGUGAAACCUGCAGAUGAUUUACGUCCCGUGAACCGCUACUCCAACUCGCAGGACGAGGAUGAGGACGAGGCGGCUGGGUACCGCACGCAGCUCGGCCUGUUCAGCCGCCAGGACCCACCUGCACCCAAGCCCUCCGAGCCACCCGCCCAAUCGGCAUUCGCCGCACACAACAGGGUCAGGGCAGGAGAGUUGGAAUCCCUGGAUACCAAGCCCAAGGUGGCAGACAAGCCCCUCGAUCCACCGGCUGGGGCUUCGCCUGCCCACAAGGCCGUCGGCUAUGCCCCUCCCAUUUAUCCCAAACCAGCCAUCACACAGAAACCAGCUUCUAUUGGUGGCACCGACACCUACCAGAGUUCUGUGUCUCGGGAGAACGUUCCUACCAUCCAAGCCAAGCCGGAUCCCCCCCAGCUGGCAACCAAGCCCAGUUUUCCCGUGCAGAAGCCGUUCCAGUCGGGGCCAGCGUCCGUAGCUACAACCCAGCCUUCCGUGAACGGGUCUACUCCGGCACCGUACAAAGCCAACCCUACUCCCUAUACCGCCAGCAGAUUCACGCCCGGCACUGCCAAGCCUUUCCAGCGGAAGUUCGACAGCCCCAAGUUCAUACACAACCUGCUUCCCAAUGACGCGGACAGCAGUGGGCUCCGGCCCAGCAGCCAGCAGUACGAGCCCGCAAGCAUCAACAUCACAACGAAACCUCAGGAGCCCUCAAAGCAACAGUUCCAAUCCGAGACCAUGACUGUUGCCCCCAAAGCCAUUCCUGUCAGUUCCAGUGCCUUGGAGGACGAGAGCCACACGGUGCUGGCGACAGCACGCGGCGUCUUCGACACGCACGGCGGGGUGCUCAGCUCCGUGGAGACAGGCGUGAGCAUCAUCAUCCCGAAGGGAGCCAUCCCACCAGCCGUGGAGCAGGAGAUUUACUUCAAGGUCUGCAAAGACAACAGCAUCCUGCCUCCUCUCGACAAGGAGAAGGGAGAGACCUUGCUGAGCCCUCUUGUGAUGUGUGGCCCCCAUGGCCUCAAAUUCCUUAAGCCAGUGGAACUCCGACUCCCUCACUGUGAGCCCAGUAACUGGCAGAAGGCCAGCGAUCCCAACUACAAGGGAGCAAACUGCGUUUCAGUCCUUAUUGACCACUUUUAGCCCCCGGCGGCAUUCUUAUCUUUCCUAUUCUUGCAAAUUAAUUAGAUAGUACAUUGUACAUUCUAGCUCGACAUCUUAAAAAUGCUAAAUUCACUUUAACGGCUCGCAACACUGUGUAACAGAUGAUUUAUCCUCCAACAAUUGUAUACGUAGUCCUCGCCAGAAUUAAGUCUUAACAAUGCCUAAAUGGCCACUUAGAUGUAAGAAAAUUCUAGAAAAUACUUUAUUGACGUACUUUGCCAUUAAUAGCAGUAAGCAUUUUCCAGAGUUGCUGAGGGCCCAGGUUAAGGGUGUACUUACUUGCCUUUAAGGGCAGGGUCCUAAUGGAAAAUAGUAACUUCAGCCAAAAUAAUGCAGCCAACUUCAGGGAUACAGCUGUGAAAAAUCCGCCACAAACCCAAGACCUUAACGUGCCUCUGCUACUGUGAUAGGGGGGACACUGAGAGUAGAUGUGGAAUCUGGGGGUGUGUGUGUGUGUGUAACAGUGCGUUUGCUGGUUAUGAAUCACGUACAAGGAAAGAUUAGACGUAAAUAUUUUCCCACCAAAGGGGGAGGGGGUUUAUUUAGCAUUUAUCUGACAUGAUUAGUGUAGGGUUGACAUGCUUGGGUAUUGUUAUCUUGUUUAAUAUACCCAUUCAACUACUGAACUUUUCCCCCAAUUUAUGACCAAAAUGCCUUGGUUCCUUAAGUGUCUGUUGCUUUUGUAAUAAUAUUUUGAUGUGUAUUGUUUUGCUACAGAGGAUUAUUUUCGGAAUUUUCUGGUAUUAAGAUACAAACAUGUAUAUUUUUCUCAUUUACUGUUGGUGACUUGGUGAAUUUCUAGUCUUUAAGUGAGCAACAGCUGUUUUGACACAUGAUUGAUCUGAAAUGAUUAAAUUGUACUUUGCCUGAAAAAGAAACAAAGAUGAAUUUUUUUAAAUAUACGGUAUAUCUUCUCACCUGCAAUCUGUAAAUGUAUAUUUACUUUGUUCCCUUAAAUGAAAGUGUAAACUACAUUGUACGUUUUUUUAGUAUAUUCUGCUACAGUUCAACAUGUGCAGUUUCCAAAGAGGCCUCUGCUAUCAGCUUCACAUCCAUUUGUUUUCCAACAAAAAUACAUUUUGUACGAGUUUCUUUUCAUAACGCUAUCAAGUUAUUUUAGAAAACAGUAGUCUAAAUACAUAUUCCAAUCUCAUGAGUAACAGCGGGGGUUUUGAUUCGUGAUUUGGGGCUGUCGAAAUAAUCAUGAGUAAAUUUAACAAAACUUACAUUUUACACCACUUAUAUGAAAUCCAUUAUCCUGUUCAAAUAUUGUUAGUUCCUUCAGUAAUGUAUGCAAAUUAGUUUAUUCGCUUGCUACUUUUAGUCAAGUAGUCACUGUUAAUAUCAAUUAGAUUUCUGUUAAGUUUUUAUUAACCCAAUAAACUUUGUAUAUUAAAAUAAA